AUGGCUAUUGAAGAUCUCGUUUCCUCGGAGACAUUCCAUGUCGCCAUAAUUGGGGGUGGCAUUGGUGGACUUGCGGUCGCUCUGUCUAUUGCAAAGUACAGCCCGACGCUCGCCAAAAUAACGGUGUACGAACAGGCUCCUGAAUACGGAGAGAUUGGCGCCGGUGUGGGCAUUGGGAUCCAAGCCGGUCGAGUGUUGAGGAAUCUCGGCGUCUAUGAGGCCGUUGAUGCCAUCUCUGGGCAUCGCAACGGUUGCCACCGCAGUACCCGACGCUAUGACAACGACGACAUAAUCGUCGACGUGCUCGCAGCCAACUCGGAUGGGUUGGCCGACGGUAUCGGCCAGCUGUGGGUGCAUCGGGCGGACUUUCUGGAAGUUCUAUACAACGAGAUCCGCAAAAGAGGCUGUGCAAAGCUCGAGACUGGUAAAAAGGCCGUUAAACUUGAAGAUUGCGGUUCGACAGUUUCGAUCAUUUUUGAGGACGGAUCUUCUUCUUUGGCACAUCUGGUCAUCGCUUGCGACGGCAUACACAGCACAAUCAGAUCCCAGUUCGCCGUCGACAGACCCACUUAUUCUGGUCGCAUCGCAUACCGGGGCACCCUUCCUUUUGCCGGCACCGAACUCGCAGAGUCGUGGCCAUAUCCAUCGCUGACCGUCUCAUGGCUUGCACCAGACAAGCACUUCCUUGUUUUUCCCAUCUCCAAGGGCCGUCUGCUCAAUGUUGUAGGGUUUGUCACUAAACACGAGGAUGAGCUAGACGGACUCAAAGAGAGUUGGAAGAGCGCUGCACCCCGAGAAGACCUCGAACAGGAGUACGCGGGUUGGACUCCUAAGGUGCAGAAGAUAAUCCGGUCUAUGAGCCCAGUUGUGAGCAAAUGGAAACUGAACGACCGGGAGCUGUUAUCCGAUUGGUGCUAUAUGGAUGGCAAGGUUGUUCUCAGCGGCGAUGCUGCGCACGCCAUGCUCCCUCAUCAAGGGUCUGGCGCCGGCCACGCAAUCGAAGAUGCCAAUGUCUUGGGCCUCGCAAUAAGAGAUUUCCUGCGCAAUCCAAGCGCUAGUCUCUCUACUUACAUGGCACUGUAUCAAGCGGUGCGGCUCCCACGAGCACAAAAAGCACAGAUCACGUCGCGCCAGGCCGGCGACGUGUAUGAGUUUCAGGGUCCCGAUUUCAAGGGAUUAAGUUUCGAAGAGUGCAUCCCAGUCGCGGCAGAGAAGCUGAAAGACCGCAUGGCGUGGGUGUGGAGCGGAGAUCUCGACAAGGAUUAUGUGGCGGCGAAGGCGAAGGCGGGUAUGGAGUGA